AUAGCUGCUCGUCUUUUUCUAUCAUUACGCCAAAAGAAUUUACGACCUUUUUCCUUUUCACUUUGGAUUCCAUCAACAAGUCAAGUGUCUUCUUCAUAUUUUAUGUUAAGAGUCCUGACUUUUGUCUAUAAACAUCACCAAUAUUGUCUUACAACUAAUUUUCACAGCUACCUCUUGAAAAAAAUCAGUUUGCAUCACUAUCAACUGAGAACAAAUGGCUGAAGGCAUUCUAUUUAGUGUUGCGGGCAAAAUCUUGGAAGGGUUGGGAUCCUUGCUUCUCCAAGAAGGCAAAUUGGCAUGGGGUGUUAAGGAUGAGAUUCAAAAACUCAACGAGACUGUCAACACUAUCAAAUCAACACUUCUUGAUGCUGAGGAGCAGCACAACAAAAUGAAUCAACAGGUAACCAAUUGGAUCCAGAGGCUUAAAGAUGCUUUUUAUGAUGCAGAUGACUUGUUAGAUGAUUUCUCCACUGAACUUCGACGGCGAGAGGUGAUGACUGGAAACAAAUUGGCAUAUGAGGUACGAAUCUUUUUCUCCAAAUAUAAUCAAAUUGCAUAUAGUCUUAGAAUGGCUCAUAAGAUUAAGACUAUCAGGGAGAAACUCGAUGAGAUUAAAAAUGAUAAGCAGUUCCACUUUUCUGAGCACCUUGUUGAAAAGGGAGUCAUAAGUAUAGAAAGGGAAACUCAUUCUUUCAUACGUGUAGAAAAGGUAAUUGGAAGAGAUAAUGAUAAAGAUAAAGUUAUAAGACUUGUAUUGGACUCAAAUGAUCCUGUGAAUGUUUCAAUUGUUACCAUAGUUGGACUAGGGGGAGUAGGAAAAACCACACUUGCUCAGCUUGUUUAUAAUGAUGAGAAUGUCAUAAACUAUUUUCAAUUAAGGAUGUGGGUGUGUGUUUCUGAGGAUUUUACUGUAAAGACAAUUGUCGAAAAGAUAAUAAAAUCUGCAACUCGUAAAGAACUUGAAAAUUUUCAUUUGAACGAAUUGCAAGAAUUCCUUAGAAAAGAAAUUGAUGGGAAAAGAUAUCUACUAGUUUUGGAUGAUGUAUGGAAUGAAAAGCAUAAUAAAUGGGAUGAAUUGACUGAUCUAUUAAUGAAUGGUUCAAAAGGAAGCAAGAUACUAGUUACUACACGUGGUAAAGUAGUUGCUAAGGUUACUAGCAAACUUGAAUCUUAUGUCUAUACCUUGACAGGACUAGAUGAAAAAAAGUCUUGGUCUUUGUUUACCCAAAAAGCCUUUCAACAUGGGGUGGAACCAAAAGAUUCAAAAUUAAUAGAGAUAGGAAAAGGGAUUGUAACAAAGUGUGGUGGAGUUCCUCUUGUCAUAAUGACAAUAGCACAAUUACUGUCUGGUAAUAAUAAGGAAGAUGACUGGCUGAAUUUUAAGGAAAAUGAAAUGUCAAAGGUGAUUAAAGAAGAAAGUGAUAUUUUACCAUUGCUCAAGCUCAGCUAUGAUCAUCUCCCUUCAAACUUGAAACAAUGUUUUGCUUAUUGUGCAUUGUUUCCAAAGGAUUAUAAGAUUAAGAAGCGAAAAUUGAUUCAUCUUUGGAUGGCGCAAGGGUUUAUUCAAAUGUCAAAAAGAGAGUGUCCAGAAAAUGUUGGAGAUAAAUAUUUUUUGACUCUACUUUCAGGAUCAUUUUUCCAAGAUCCAGAAUAUGAUAGAUGGGGCAAUGUAGUCGCUUGUAAGAUGCAUGAUCUUAUGCAUGACCUUGCACAAUUGGUUGCAGGAACUGAAUGCACCAUGCAAACAUUUGAAAAGGUUGAAAGUGUGAAUGUAAGAUGUCGCCAUUUAUCUCUAGAUUGUGGUGAAGUAAAAGCAUCAUGGAAAUUUCCAGUUGUGUUAUAUAGUGGAAAUAAUAUAAGAACUUUGCUUUUAUUUUGUAGAUUAAAUUGGGGUUUCAACUUGGAUCAUGGUGAUGAAAUUUUAACUAGUUAUGCAUACUUACGAGCAUUGGAUUUUGGAGGGUUAAAAUUUCAUAAACUGCUGAGUUCAAAUGGGAAACUUUUGAGUUUAAUUGGUGAAUUGAAGCAUUUGCGAUAUCUCAAUUUUUCUGGUGUAGAUAUUAAAAUACUUUCUGAUUCAUUGUCAAGACUAAUAAAUCUGGAAACAUUAGAUCUGUCUUACUGUAGAGUGCUUAUGGAACUACCAAGAGAUAUUAAAAAAAUGGUGAACCUUAGACAUCUUAUAAACAAAAAGUGUGAUUCUUUAACUGGAAUGCCAUAUGGACUGGGGCAUUUAACUAAUCUUCAGACUUUACCACUAUUUGUGGUAAGCAAACAGUCCAAAAGAAAAAGUGAUCAUAGUGGGACAGAGGAAUUACAUGGGCUGAACAACUUGAGAGGAAAACUCAAGAUUAAAAACUUAAAAUUUGAGGCAAGUAGAAAGUCGGCCAACUUAGAAGGGAAGCAAUUUCUUUGGGCUCUGACAUUGGAUUGGGGAAGAAGUGAUGAUAGAGAGGUUCAAGGAAAUGAAGGAAUAGAUGAAGUAGAGGUGUUAGAAGGUCUAAAGCCACACUCAAAUCUUAAGAAAAUCAGUGUGAGAUCAUUCAUGGGUGUUAAACUGUGUGAUUGGCUUUCGUCUCUUACAAAGUUAACUUCAAUUAGUAUUAAAAAAUGUAGAAGAUGCAAACAUAUCCCACCGUUGGAUAAAUUGCCAUGUUUGAAGACUCUGUGUCUUAGCCAUCUAGAUGAUCUGGAGUUUAUUUCAGAUGAAGCAAAUGAGAGUUGGUCCACGUUGCCAGCAACAUUCUUCCCAUCCCUAGAGCAAUUCACCCUUUGCGAUUGUCCUGAAUUAAAGGGAUGGUGGAGGAAGCAUGAUUAUAAUGAUACAGAGUUGCCUUCAUUUCCUUGUCUUUCCAAAUUAGAUAUCCAAAACUGCCCCAAUUUGAUGUUCAUGCCACUGUAUCCAUCUUUGGUAGAAUUGAAAUUGCUCAAGACUAGCUCGAAACCACUGCAGCGGAUGAUGACGAUGACGUUGAAGAAUAAAGGGGAACCAUCAACUUCCUCUUGCUUUUCUGCCCCUCUCUCCAAUUUAAAGUCAAUGCUUAUGUUUAAAAUUCCUGAUCUAGAAUCUCUUCCAGUGGGUGCCUUGCAAAAUCUGACUGCUCUUGUGGAUUUGAAAAUUUUGUCAUGUCCAAAAAUUAGUCAACUGGAUCAAGCAUUAAAGUUUCUCCCAUGUUUACAAAAUUGGAAAAUUACAUCCUAUGAAGAACCUGAGCUGGAAUUGGAAGAUAUUCGUCGCAUGGGUCUUCGUUUCAUUGCCGAUUUCAGUUGAAUCCAGAGGAGACUUCUUCUUAAACAGGACCUGAAGGAUGUAAAAUACAUUGUCGACUGGAUAGCUUGGGCAGACCCUGUAUAUAACUUCAAUCCUGUUUUAGACGAGUGGUGCAGAGAAGCUCCAAGAGAACAUGACUUCAAACUUGAAGAGGAAAAUACUUGAGGGAAUUCUUAGUUCAGUUGGGGAAUGAGGACAAAAUACUUGGAAUUCAGGUCUGCAUCAAUUUUAAUUUUUGCUUGCCAGCUUAAUAACCUGAAUGGUAUCUUCCCAAUUAUUUCAUUUUCAAAGCUUGUAAUAUUUUUUUAGAUUCCCCAGUGGAUUUAUGAUUCUCCAACCCAUUCUGACUCUUUUAGAAGCCUUAAUUUUUUUUCAAUUAUUUAAAGUGUAACCAGUUAUUAGAUGCAAACUAAUAAUAAUAAUAAUGAUUAUUAUUAUUAAAUACAACCAAUAAACAAUGGCAACUAAUUAAUGCCUCUAUCCCCUAG